AUGGCAGCUUUGCGAUCCUUAAUGAGUCAGUGGUGUUCAGCGGUCAGCCAAUUUUCGCUAAUGGAGUUCCCUAAUCUAGGAGCUAACUGUUCAGUACCAACUUGUCGAAUGCUUGAUUUCUUACCCGUCCGAUGUUCUGGAUGUCAUGGUGUUUUCUGCAAGAAUCACUAUCUGUAUGAAAGUCACAGCUGUAAAAGUCCCGAUCUUAAGGAUAAACAGGUUCCAGUAUGUCCCUUGUGUGGAACCAUAGUCCCUCUCAAACCAGGCGAGCUUCCAGAUGUAAAAGUCGGGAACCAUAUCGAUACAGAUUGUCGGUCAAAGCCAGCUUUAGAGUUAAAAGGAAAGUUAUUCACAAAUGCUUGCUGUGUUCCACGAUGUAAAAAGAAGGAACUUGUACCUUUUGUUUGUGAUAGAUGCAAAUUAAAUUUCUGUAUUUCACAUCGUAAUGAAUUAGAUCAUAAUUGUAAAGGAUUUCAACAAAAUCUGAAUAAUUAUAGAAAGUUGUCAACUUCUGGUGCAGCAGCUCUCUAUAGAGCUAUUUUUAGCAAUUUCAAUACAAAUUCGACUUCGAAGAAUGCAUCGCCAACAAAUACCAUUCAAUCAUCGCCACCUUUUGUUGCUACUUCACUGCCAUAUGGUGUAAAUUCUCGUGAACUUCAGGAAGAAGAAGAUUUACAACUGGCUUUAGCAUUGUCUGAAUCACUUUCCAGUCAAACAUCUCAUGCACAAUCGUCUAGAACAACACAUCAUAAUACCUCUUCAAAACCGUCGUGUAAUAUUUCUUAAUUUAUUUCCUAAUUCUGUGUAUAUAGUAAACUCACUUUAAUCCUCAGGUUAUACAUGCUCGUGCACUAAUUUUCGGAAAUACAAGAUUGAAAUUAUGUUUUUCUUUCCUGAUAAUAUUUAAAGAACAAAUAUGUGUUGUGAUUUUAUAGCUUACUUUUUUUUUAACCGACUAAGAUUUAUAAAAAAAAGUCAUGUAAUUUACUAUUUCAAUUUACUCUAGUCAGAGUUCAAUAUUAUCCUCUUAUUGUUG